AUGCAUUACUGCAACAACCGCUACGAAAAUCUGUGUGGGCAGCAUUCCCAGUGCGUUGAACACUUCGACCACAGCACAUGCAGUUGCUUCAACAGUGGCAAAGACGGCAGAAGGUGUACCGAUGGAGACGUCCCAGUGUUGAGCCUCAGCGGGGAUGGCUACGUGGUCCACCGUCUGUACGAAUGGAUGGACCGAGUUCAGUCAUACGUCAAUCUGAUUUCGUUGUCCUUCAAGACGAAAUUCUCCGACUCGAUCCUCUUCUACGCCUCGUCCGAACACCCCGAGAAACAGUACAUCGCGGCGUCUAUCACUCGAGCCGGCACCGUCUACGUCGAGGUUGACCUUGGCGACGGACCUACGGGCGUGGAGGUCGGCGAGAACGUGAACUCCAAUCUCUGGCACACGCUCACCCUCGUGCACCAGCAUGAGAAAAUUGAGGUGAUCUUCGACCACAGGACCGAAGGCCAGAUCGUCAUCCCGGGAGAGAUCCGCUAUUUCCACCUGGACCCCGACUUCUACGUCGGCAACGCCCCCGACCUUACCAGGUACUGCGGCCUGCCUAUGGGACCUGGGACACGCGUCGGACCCGGAUGUGACAAGAACAUCACAAGCUAUUAUUAUGAUGUGACGAAGGGCACUUGCGAAGCCUUCACGUACUCAGGGUGUGGCGGCAACGUGAAUCGGUUUGAGGAUGAAGAGGCGUGCAUGGAGAAGUGUAAUAGGCCAGGCCUGAGGUCCUUCAACACCUUCAUAGGAUGCUUCGAGAAAGUGUUCUUCAACGACGUCAGUGUUCUUCUAGAACUGGAACUGCAGAACAAGACCACUCGGUACCACGGCCUAACCAAAAAGACGCCGCUCUCUAAAUCUUGCAAAUCGAUGAAGUUCCUGCCGGUCACCUUCUCGACGGAGAGCGCCAGCGUGAGGUUGCGAAACGAGCAAACUUCGACCUUCCACGUCGCCAUCUCCUUCAAGCCCAGCCGGGAGGAGGGCGUGCUGGCCUCGGGACACGUCGUCCUCGGGAAUGAGACGACGGAGUGGGAGCUGUUCCACGACAAGCAUUACGUCACCUUUUACAUCCACGAUGGCCGGAUGGUUCUCAAGCCGGACGCCAAGAUCAGGACCAAACACUGGCAAUACGUGGACAUCCGCUACGACAAGGGGACGCAGACGAUGAAAAUGCGCCUGAACGACAAACACGUGAGCAGCAAGAAGGGGGAACUGACCCAGGAGACGACCUUCACCCUGACAUCACCAUCGGGUCAAACGUUCUCGACCUUCAUCCAGGCUUCGUGGGUUGCAUCAGAGACCUCGAUCUGGGAGGCGAGCCAGUGGCAGCCAGGGCCAUCGUCGGCACCCCGAUGGCCACCAAAGACGUCACAUUCGAUAACUGUGAGGUGCUGGCCGUGCGAGAGGCCCGGCGCCUGCGAGCACGGAGGCAAAUGCACCGUGGUUGACGACGACAUCAGCUGCAACUGCACAGGCACUGGAUACACGGGCAAAACCUGUCACUUCUCACUGUACCGUCGUUCGUGCGAGCAGUACCGCCAGAUCGGGUUCAACGCUACAGGCAUCUACAAGAUUGACCCAGACGGCAACGGACCCCUCCCUGCUGCCUACGUCAACUGCUCGUAUAGCAAAGUGACGAGGGAAACCACCACUGUGGUCGUUCAUAAUCUGCCAGAGGAUUACCUGGUGCGCAGCAAAGGGAUGAAGGACGUGCAGUUAGAACUUGAAUACAGAGAUUUCACACCAGAGAUGUUGAAGUCACUUGUCAGUCGGUCAAAGUCCUGCAGCCAAGACAUUGAGUACAAAUGCAGGAGAUCGCCCUUGAAGCUGUCUACAAGGACCUGGUUCUCUUCCCCCUCUGACAACUUCUUCACAUCCCUUGGAUCGUUGAAGGAGGGCCUUUGUAAGUGCAAAGAGCUGGGCACGUGCGCGACGCCGGACGUUCCUUGCAAUUGUGACGUGGGCGACGGACUGGAAAGGAGCGAUAAGGGCGUAAUCUCAGACCCUGAGCUCCUCCCCGUCACCUCUAUGACGUUCCUGCGCGACCAAUACGGGGAGAAGGAGGAGACGGAGGGAAGCAUCACGCUGUCGGCGCUGAAGUGCCACGAAGAAGCUUCUGCCAAACACACCGUAAGCUUCACCAACCCCUCGAGCUUCUUGGAGGUACCGGGCUGGAGGGAAGGAAGCCUCUAUUUUAGCUUCAAGACGACCUCGAAACGACCUGUCGUGGCCUACCAGCCUGCCAACCACCCUGGACACGCCUCCUUCGUCAUCUCUCUCGCAGGAGACAAAGACCUAGAGUUCAUGUACCGAUACCGAGAUCAGGUCAAGCGCACUGUCCUGACCUCGAAGCGUCACCUCAACACGGGUCACUGGCAGCAGGUCCGCAUCGAGAUCCACCAGAAGCAGAUGAGGGUCGUCCUUAACUCCGAGGAGAAGCUGUUCAACGUCGACUUCGAUAUUGUGCUCGACGGAUCGAUGUACCUGGGGGCGGUUCCUCACCACAUCAAGAAUCCCAAGGACGACCUCGAGGGACUAGAAGGCCUGGUGGGGUGCGUCCGCGGCCUCACCCUCGACGACGAAGUGAUCGACCUCAAGAGAUUCAUCCGGGCCUCCGCGCAUGGCGUCAUGGAAGGCUGCAUGCCCUCGUGCGACCCCAACCCCUGCAUGAACGGCGCCGGCUGCGUGGAGGGCUGGGGCACGUACCGCUGCGAGUGCGCCAACCCCUACGCCCACUUCGGGAGCAACUGCGAGAAGAACAUCAACGAAGACGCGCUCACCUUCAAGACCCAAGACGCGAAGGUCAAGUACUUCACCAACAACACGGAGGCUCUCGGAAGGUUCAAUCUCCUCAACAACACCUUUUUGCUGAACUUCCGCACGCACGACACAUCGGCCCUGAUCCUCUUCGUUCACGAUUCGCUGCAUAACUUCGUGCAGCUCUAUCUCGAGGCGGCCAACAGGCUGGUGUUCCUCUUUAACAGCGGGAAGGAGGUCACGCGGGUGCAGGUGGAGGCCGGGAAUGGAGUCGUGUUCAACAAGGGCCAGUCCGUGCAAGUGCUGGUCAAGCGAUCGGAGACCUGUACAACCCUCGAAGUGUUCACGUUCGGCCAAGUUCAGCCAGAUGGAGCACAAGGGCCUGAAACUCCUGCAGCCCGACGAGUACGAGCAGUUCCCCUUCGGGUCGAGCAGGCCGCUGAAGGAGAUGGUCUACUACCAGCACUCGCUCACGAGGCCCGAGCCGUACUUCCAGCUGAGGUCAAGUGCAUCAUCAAGGGCAUGGUCGGGUGCCUCAGAGGCCUUCGAAUCGGGGACCAGGACGUCUCGCUGCCAAAGCUCUUGACGGAGACGGGUCUGAGGGACGAAAACGUAAAACCGGAUUGCAAACUCGCGUGCGAUCAAUCACCCUGCAAGAACGGAGGCUUGUGCACCGAAGACUUCAAGAACGUCAAUAACUUCCACUGUGAUUGCUUGGGCACGUCGUACACGGGUUCUUCUUGUACUACAGAGUCAGCCUUCACCUUCAGAGGAGACCAGUGGAUGAGCAAAGCCAGUAAUUCGUCUGUUAUUUCCGACUUCUCUCUCGAGUUCGCUUUCUCGGCCUCGAAGAUUGUCAGCGAACCUCAGCUGAUCUUGCUCCUCAGGUCCACCGAUCCAAGCACCGCCCACGACUAUCUCCUGGUGGGCGUGGAAAGUGACGGAUCUCUCUUGGUCGAGGCGCAGUUCUCUGACUUGGACUCACAAAAGGUACACGGGGCCAAACUCACGCCCUCGGCUCACCAAAUUGAUGUUUUUGAUGGCUACAGACACCACGUGGUUGUCACAAGGUCGUCGACGGAAUGGAUGCUCAAGGUGGACGGGAAAGAACAUACGACCUUCCCCUUGCGAUCUGUGUACGACAUCUCGACAAGUCUCAGGCAAGAUGGUACAUAUUUGUACCUGGGCGGCGUAAAGGCAGGGACAGAUGAUCGUUUGAGUCACUACAUGAACUUCCACGGCUGUAUUUCGAACGUUGAGAUCGACUACGCUGGGGGGAAACUGCGUCCACUUGCCAUGACUCUGAGACGGGAUAUGCACAUCGCCAAGAGCAGCCUGCCUCCCUCGGAAGGAUCCUGCGCUGCCUUCGGGGCCGGGGGAGCUCCGAGCCUCCUUCGCGGAAUCGGGGAAGAUAACACCGUGAUCGCGGUAUUCGGUGACGUUUGGAAGCCCCAACCUCUCGUGAAGAUGCACUUCGAGGCUGUCAGGACUCCGACUGGACAUCCGGUGCGGGACACGCCUAUGGAUAACGUGGUGCCCGCCGCAGCCGGUAUUGUGUUCCUUAUUGCUAUCAUCAUCGUCCUCAUUCUCCUGCUGCGAAUGGGACAGAAAAAGAGAAAGAAGGAGAAGAAGAUGAUGGAUGAAGAGGAAAAGGAAGCACUGUUGAACGGCAAGAAACCUGGUGGUGCCGUAAGUACUGAGAGACGAUCGUAAGAAUGGAUGCUGAUG